AUCUGUAACCCUGGCCCCCUUAUCUCAGGCAGCCCCCCGACCAGAGCAUAGUACACCAAAGCACUAUAGUACCGAGUGUGUGUGACUUAAUUGUCUCCAAUCAAUCUCUUGCCCCGUCAGUCUCCUAGACUCCUCUCCUGCAGUGCACUCUGAGGGAUGUACUUCUUUCCUUUUCAGCUGUCAUUAGCUGCCUUCUCCCAAAACUCCAAUUCCCAGCAUCCCCCGUAUCUGGCUUCCCUCAGGUUGGCUGGGAGUGGCUGAUAGUUGAUGAAUGCACAGCCCAACAGCAUCAUGAACACAUCUCUGAACAGCACAACCCCUGCUCAAAUUAUGCCGCUAAGCAUUCGUAUUUUGAGAGUAGACCUGUCAAUAAUACUUGCAAGGGAAAAUUGUCGAUCUAGCGCAUCUUCAAAGCGUCACCUUGUGAAUGGAAAUAGAUUACGAAUAUCCAGAAUCUUUCUCAAAAUGAAGAAGUUCGCUGGCUUAAGAGAAUCCAAAGUAAUUAAAAGGUACAGACUCCCCAGCACAGCCAUAUUAGGACUCUAUUCUAAAAUUAGACAGGAGUUAACUCCCAAAACCAAAAGAAGCAGAGCCAUUACUGGAAUUACAAAACUGUUAGCCACUUUACACUUUUUGGCAUCUGGAACUUUCCAAAGCACAGUGUCAGAUGUUGGGGGAAUUAGCCAAUCAGCUUUUAGUUGUUUCUUCAAAAAAGUUUUGGAUGCUAUACUUAAACAUACUCAGGAAUAUAUAUAUUUUCCCAUAAAUUCAAGUGAAAAUAUACAAAUUAAAAAGGACUUCUACGAUAUUGCACGGUUUCCCAAUGUGAUUGGUGCCAUCGACUGCACGGAUAUCAAUUUCACUCCGUCGCACAAUAUGGAUGAGAUUUGCCGUAAUAGGAAAAAUUUUCAUUCAAUGAAUAUGCAGGUAGUUUGUGACUCCAAAUCAAGAAUAUUGAAUGUAUUCGCCGUUUUCCCAGGAGGCACACAUGACUCAUAUAUUCUCUGUCAUUCUGCACUAUUUGAACGUUUUGAAAACAAUGAGAUGUGUGAUGGCUGGCUGCUGGGUGACUCUGGAUAUGGCUGUAGACCGUGGUUGUUGACUCCAUUCUCCAAGCCUAAAGGAAGAGCUAAAAAAAAUACAACAGAUCUCAUAUAUCAACUCGCGCAGUAAUUGAAAGGUGUUUUGAACUUUUAAAAUCUAGGUUUUGUUGUCUUUCAAAAUCAGGGGGAGCCUUGCAAUAUUCGGCUGCCAAAGUGUGCAAAAUUUUUACAACAUGUUGUAUUUUGCAUAAUAUCUGCCUCACCUUUGACUUACCCUUCAAUCGUAAAGAAAUUAGUGGUGCGGAAGUAAAUCCUGUAUUGGAAGAUUACGUUCCUGUUAAUACUACACAGGGGAAUUUAGUCCAGGCAAAUUUAAUAUCAAAUUAUUUCUGUUGAUGCUCUGCAUUUAAUGGGGAUUCAAUUGUUUAGUUGUGGUCCCUAUCUAAACAGAUUUAUUAAAAAUUGAUAUUCCUAUAGAAGCUGAGCCCUCGCAAGAGCUUAACGUUCAACAUUUUAGACAUCUGGAAUUAUUAGAAUUUAGUAGUCUCCAAGGGGUUUAUUCAUGAAGCAUUGGAAUCUGUGUAUCAGUGAGUCAGUGGAGAAAAUCCAAUCAUCAUUGAAGUCACAUUUAUAAUUUGCAUAUUAUAAAAGUAAACUGAGCAGCUGUAUGCUAUCCAUGGUCAACUUUUACACUGACUCACUUCUCCACACGUUUCACCUCGUCAUGAAUAGACCCACAUUUUUCAAACAUAUACAGAUAUUAAAAAUAAAUGUUAUUAUAAAAAAUACAAAGUGGGUCCAGAUUAAAUAGUUAUGUGCAAAAUAGUUUGUUCAGUAAGAAUCUCUGUAUAUUAAGUCAUCCGAUACUCAAUUUACAUAAUAACUAAUGACUAGCCAAUCAAGAACCCUUUCAAGGCUACAGUGUGUGAUUUACACUUUCACAAAGUAAAAGGAUGCCAUUUCAAAAAAGAAUCCUUGGUUCAGAAAUGGUCUCCGGCAGGUGACCAUUAUUGGGUUCUCCUCCUCAUGCUAAAGCAGUGAUAGGUCAUUGGGAUUUCAAUCAGAAUAUAUCUUCAGAGUGUUCACAUAUUCUCGUUAAUCAAUGCAAAUUGUUGCCAGGGUGAAUAAAGAAUAAUACCAGAUAUUUUUAUUUUUUUUACUUUCACAUGUUUUAUUGUUUUUAAAAUGCAUUUCACAAUAAACAGUUUGUACAUAAACAGAUUUUGUAGAUAUACCCAACGCUUGUCCAGCACUUUAAUAGCAAGAUUACUUAGUGAAAUGAUGCCUGAAGAAGCUUCGAAUUGUAGUUUAACAAUUGCCAGAGGGUAAUUAAAGUUAACAGUUUUAUAUUCCCUUAUGCAAUUUUGCUAAAUAGCUUGCAUUAAUGUUUGUAGCUCUGCCAUAAAUACUACAUUGUAAAUGUAGCUCUGUGUCAGUUCAACAAUCUGUACUACCCUGUCAAUCCGGUAUGUGUUUAUGUCGUAUUCCAAAAAUUAAUCCUCAGUUCACAUACAUAUAAAUACAUAUUACAAUAUUAAGGCAAAAAAAGAAGUUGGUGUUGGACAUAUUAAAGUAGAUGUAAAUAUGUUUUUCAUAUACUUGUAUGUAUUGUCUAAACUUUUAUGCAUCUCAGUUUACAGAAUUCAGUAAUGUUUUUGAAAAUGCGUU